CGCACUUCUGGUGUCUCGGGUGAGGGGGGGACGAGCAGAAAUAAGGGAAAGUAUAAAAUAUAGAAUCGUUAAGCCGGGAUCCCUCGUGAGCAGUCGGGAAUGCACGCGAGAGCUACAGUAUAACGUUCUAGCGCCUGAGAUGCACGCGCAGGAGACGAGCCGCUGCUGUGAAAUAAUUUUUUGUGUGAAGACGUGUUGCGGGCCGCCAUUUUUUUGCUGUGCUGCUUCAAAAGUCCGCUCUGACUCGAGAAAGGGAUUCAAAAACGCAUUUCCAUGACGUGUGCCUUAACGAAAGAUCAAGAAGAAAUCAAGUCAUCAUUUCGUUUCCGACCUGCGGCUACUGGCAGCCUUUUGCAAGACAUGAGGAUUUAUCAGAUGAAAAACUGAGGCCACCUUUUCCGUUCUCAUAACUGACACUGAGUGGAGGAGAUAAAUUAUUAGAAGAGAAGCCUGGUGUUUUCUCGGAAGGCGGAACGAAAAGGGGAAGCUUCAUUGAUCAUUUGUUGCUUCGGCCUCCGUCGAUGUUUGUCGUAAGUUUUUAUUUUUUCUUUUCUGUUUUGGCCGCUCAAACAAUCACUCAGCCACUGACUGCUGAACACAGGAACGACAUUAUGCUCCAAAGUUGGAUCAAGCCAGUCGCAGCCUGUCUCUGAAUACGUCAGGUUGUUUGUUUGUUUGUUUUUUUGUUUGGUUGUUAGUUUUUUUGUUUUUAAAUAAGAGGUCUCCGGAGUCUGCGGCGUUUCUGUUGAAAUCACUCGAAACCCUCACAGGGCGACGAAUGCCCUGCCCUGUGUCUUCCAAAUCCUCCAAUUUGCUGUGAUUGGCCAAUUCCAUCACGCAUACACGUUUUAACUUAUUGCCUAGUCUUUUUUUGUAAUUUUUUUCUUUUCUUUUUCCUAUCUGUAGAUUGAUAUUAACUUAUUUUUGAACAGAAAUGUCAAAUGCUCGGUUUGAUUCGUCUGAUCGGUCCGCCUGGUAUUUUGGACCCGUGUCACGACAAGAGGCACAGAAUAGGUUACAAGGACAGAGACAUGGCAUGUUUCUUGUGCGAGACUCGUCGACCUGCCCCGGCGACUACGUGCUGUCCGUAUCUGAAAACUCCAAAGUGUCUCACUAUAUCAUCAACUCAUUGCCCAGCAAGAGGUUUAAGAUAGGCGAUCAGGAAUUUGACCACCUCCCUGCUCUCCUGGACUUCUACAAAAUCCACUACCUGGAUACGACCACUCUCAUAGAGCCAGCACCCAGGUACCCAAGCUCAGUGAGUGGUGCCAUCCAGUCCAUGAGUGCCCCAGAGGAGAACCUGGAGUAUGUGCGGACUCUGUAUGACUUCACUGGCAGCGAUGCAGAGGACCUUCCCUUCAAGAAGGGGGAGAUCCUUAUCAUCUUGGAGAAGCCAGAGGAGCAGUGGUGGAGUGCCAAGAGUAAAGAGGGGCGCAUCGGGAUGAUCCCUGUGCCCUAUGUGGAGAAAGUGGUACGACCUUCACCCCACUCUGGCCAGCCCUCCCUUGGAUCUCGCAACUCCAACAGCUAUGGGAUCCCCGAGCCUUCCCACGCCCUUGUCCACGCCUAUGCUCAGCCCCAGACACCUUCACCAUUACCUCCUGGCACACCUGGAGCAGUUAUCAACCCUCUACCGUCCAUGCAGAACGGCCCCGUCAUGGCAAAGGCCAUUCAGAGACGAGUGCCGUGCGCUUAUGAUAAAACAGCUCUUGCCCUAGAGGUUGGUGAUAUUGUCAAGGUUACACGGAUGAACAUCAGCGGUCAGUGGGAGGGAGAGGUGAACGGACGGCGGGGUCUCUUCCCAUUCACCCAUGUCAAAAUCAUAGACCCCCAGAAUCCGGAUGAGAGUGACUGACCUUCGACGGGAGCCUCUCGCCAGUAUCGACGUGUACCCAAAUCUGCUGGCUGUCUCCACCUUUCCCGCCAGUGUCACCACGGUUACGUGCUUGCCUGCUUGGGGCUGUACCAUGAUAGCGACCCUUCUGUUGUUGCCAACCGUUGCAAGGCUUUCUGACUGUUUACAGCUUUGGACAUUGGAUCCAAACUAAAACCUGACCCCACUUCUCCCAGUUCCCUUUCUCGUGUCUUGGUUCCAGGCUGGGCAGUGUUUUUGCAUUAGUGUCUUUUUUAUUUCCAGAUCACUGGGCAUCAGUGUGAGUGUGUGUUUGUAUGAGUGUGUUUUGUGUGUGUGUGUGUAUGUAUGUAUGCAUAAGUGCAUGUGUGUGUGUGUGUUCACAAUAGAUAUUUACCACAUUGCAUCACAACAUGUCUGUUUUUUAUUUGAUCUCUCUGAAUAUUUGUUAUGUUUGAAGUCUUGGGGACUUUAGAAAGUGUUGGUGUGCGUUUGUUUUGUUGGCGUGAGGAUAUUAGUACGAAGUAGGGAAAAAGCAAAGUCCCUAUGGGAGAGCACUGAGGCUAUGAGGAGUUAACCAGCCAGUCAAAUGUUAUUUCUCCAAGCAAUCAAGUCACUGUUGUACCUUAACCAUCUCACAAACACACACGUUACACACACUUAUUGUCCAUAAGGUAUUCAGGUUGACACUUCUUUGGUGUGUACGUGAUGUGUGACUGGAGUCAGGAGGAAGCAGAAGAGAUGGGUUUGUGGAUGACCUUGGUUGUGACUCGAUAAUAAUCCCAUAAUCCCAUCCAACCUGGCACAAGUCUGGCUGAUGAGACUUAUUUAACUUUUGUUUUUAAGACGUGACACGGCCAUAUGUGAUUUCAUCUUCUUCUUAUUUGCGCCACAUGAUCAACAGUAGAUUUAUGUUCAUUUGUUGUUGUUUUUUUUUUUUUUUUUUUUUUUUGUGACAUGGAGAAGAUAAAUGGUUGAGGGGUAAUUUUGCAUGUCCACUUGGUACCUCUCUUUAUUGUCAUUUUUUUUUGCUAAGGAGUGCCAAGCUUUGAACAGGUUUCCAAAAGUCAAAUAGCAACGGCAGUAGCCCUGGCCAGCACUUCCCACGAGCAUCUGACUACAAGGCUAGCUAAAAACGCAGUGUGGGCACUUGGACUUAAAGGCUUUCCACUGAGGUGAGAAGCUCCGCUUUCAGUGGCGUAGGUCAGGGAAGGAGGAAAUGUCUCUGCAAGCCAAUGAGAUCCCAUUAAUGCCUUUUUAAGAGAGCAAGAUAAAUGCAUCUUUUAGUGCAUGCAAUCCCCUCUCUAAGCUUAUGUUUUUAAUGUGAUGUUACUCCUGUCAGUUUAGGAUUUCGAUCUGCUUUAUUCCUUAAAUAUUCGGUCUGUGCACAAUUUUUGACCCUUUUUAUGCAAACGGAUUCUAUCGGAGUAGUGGAAAGCAUCUUUGUUUCAUAUUGUGCUGCAACCAGUUCUGUUUGAUCAGUAGGAGCCAAGGAUUAAACAGUUGUGCAAACAGUGCCGACACCCCAGAUUUCUGCUGUAAAAAUGAGCUAUUUCGCUCACUUCCCCUCGUAGUGCUCUCUGUUCGAAUCAUCGCUCAGCCGUUCACUCAGAGUAAUAUUGUGCAGCUUUUAGUUGAAUCCCAAUUUGUUUUUGGUUUUUUGUCAGUUUGUAGUCAGCUGUUAAAUCAAGCAUUUUUUUGUUAAAAUGAGUGAUGUUUAUUAAACAAAAGUACCUAGGAUGACAUUUACAAAAGGGAAAAAUGCCUGCUGGUUGCCUCUGAGCAUGACCUCUUGGCUGGGGAAGUCUACCCGGCCAAAUGCUGCUUAAUGUCAUUUAUUUCCUUAUUAAAUAAAGAUUUCUCUUAUUUUAAUCCCUCCUGGUCUGUACAAACAAACCAGUGCGGGUUUUCCUCAUCAAACAUAAUGAAAUCUACUAAUUAAGCAAUACACCCUGAUUAGUUCCUUUCUUGACGUGAACUCGCUUUUCUCAUGCUUCUGAGUUGUUUUGUAAUGGCAUUAACAGUAUUACUGUGCUCUCUUCUCAUAUUCUAGAAAAGCCUGUCUUUUACUUAAGAAUUGAAAAUUGUGCCUUUUAUUUUCUUAUACCAUUUACAUGUGUUAAUAUUUCCCAUGGUUAACACCUGUGCUGGUAUUGACCCUUUAUGUACAGAACAAGUAAAUAAAAUUUACGUCUACUUC